CUGAAAAUUGCUCAAGCUCUCCUUGUUGAAACGGGUGCUGUUCAGGAUCCAUCGAAGCUCCCAGCCUCCUUCACUCAGGCAAAAUCACUUCUCAAAUCCUCGGUGCACAUCAAUAUACUCGAUUAUCUUCAGGUUAGGAAAUCGGGGCUUGAGGCAAUUAGAGAAGUGUUGUUCAAGAGUCUCCAAGAACUGAGGCGAGACAUCAGGGAUCCUAGUAGGCGGGCGGCUUUGAAGAAAGUGAAGAAGCUAGGGCUGAACCAGUUGCUGGCUAUCUAG